CACGAUCCACGUUCAAUCAUAUCUUGGCGCGCGAAGGCUGGAGAAGAAUAGCCGUUGUAAACGAGGCUGAUUUUUAUUAUAACAUAUCGUUGGACAGGGCGUUGAAUCAUUAUUGAUUUUAACAAUUUACUUUGGCAGUUGAUCAAAAUAGACCAAUCAAGAUGUUUUGGGGAUUAAUUAUGGAACCGAACAAACGGUACACACAGACAGUGGAAAAAUCAUUUCAUGUAUCUAUGGCGAGUUUAGAUGUGCCCAGUGCAGGCACCGGAGCUGUGGAAGUUAUGCUUACCUACGAGAAUCGCAAUUACUUGUUGUGCACGUUGCAACCUGGGCUGGCGAUACAGGUGCCUCUGGACCUCAAUUUUGUAGAGGGAACAGAGAUAGCCUUUGCUUCGUCUGGAACUGGCCGUGUACAUUUAACGGGAUACCUUGCACCAGACGAUGAUCUUGACUUAGAUGAACUCGAAGAGGAGGAGGAAGAUGAUGUUGAGGCGCCACAGCUAGUUGAAAAGCAGUCAAAACGCAAAUCUUCAGACUUGGAUGCGCAAGGUCAAAGGGAUUCCAAACGUGCGAAGCACGAUGAAGAAGAAGAGGAAUCCUCCGAUGACGAUGACGAUUUUGCUGAAGAAGAUAGCGAUUCGGAUGACAAAGAUGGGGAAUUCGAAGACGAAGAUCUCAUAGAAGGCGAAGGAGACAGUGAAGAAGAGGAAGAAGAAGUGGAGCUAGAGGAAGUUGUAAAACCAUUGUCAAAAAAACAAAAACAAAAACUCCGACAACAACAACAGCAAGAAGCACAGCCAGAACAAAAAACCAAGAAACAGGAAAAACUUGUUAAUGGCAAAGAUUCUAAACAAGAUCAGAAACAGAAGAAACAGAAAGGCGAACAACAACAAUCACAGGAAAACAAACAAGAACCAAAAAAACGAACAGUUGCUGGCGGAGUUAAGAUAGAAGACCUCCAAGUGGGUACUGGAGCUGUUGCAAAAGCAGGAAAACACCUUGCCGUAUACUACAUAGGACGGUUGCAAAACGGAAAGAAAUUCGAUGCAGUUAGUCGUGGAGAUGGAUUCAAGUUCCGAAUAGGUAAAAAUGAAGUUAUCCAGGGAUGGGACGUGGGUAUUACUGGAAUGAAGGUCGGCGGAAAACGGCGUAUCACGAUUCCUCCUGCGUUAGCGUACGGAGCUAGGGGUUCACCGCCAGUAAUCCCACCUAACUCUACACUAGUGUUUGAAGUUGAACUCAAAAACGUUCGCUAGAUAUGCUCAACAUAUAAUACACGGAACAAACAUUUGUGAAAAAUUUACUAUUCUCUUUUCCAUAGUAAACUACGUACAUUUCCAACAUUUAAAAAGGAUAUUUCCACAACUUAAGUACGAUAUUAAUAUGUCUGCUAUUUUGAACGCAAGAGUUUUUAUCACACUGAGAAUCACUGUUACAAUCGUGUGUUAAUUCGACGAAAGUUUAUACUACAUUUCAUUCUGUUUUUAAAGAUAUGCUCGUUUCUUGGGAGAUUACAAUGAAAUAUUUUACCUUUUUAUAGUUGCUCUCCGAAACAACUGUCACUCCCAAUGAGCAGUUGCAAAAAAAAAAAUUGAAUCAACCUUUGACUUUAGUAUUAUGUGAAGAUAAAAAUGGAAACAUGAAUAUUCCAGAAUUCAACACGUGACGGAUCUAAAAUAGAUAAGUUUAUGAUUUUUGAAGAAAAAAAAGUAAUGAUUGGUACCUAACAUUUACGAAUAAAUUAUAUUAUGACCAA